AUGUCCCAGACUCCAAUCCUGCUACUCCAAAAUCUAAUCACGAGUAUACCACCACGUUCACUAUACAUUACGCGCUCCCUCCGAAAAUUCCAAAAAUUUCAACAAAACAACAAUAACGACGCUAACAACACCGAGAUGGGAAAAAGUGGCAAGUAUUAUGCAGUAGCCAAAGGCCGAAACAAAGGAGUUUACUCAAGUUGGAACGAGUGUAAAGUGCAAGUGCAAGGCUACAGCGGCGCGUCUUUCAAGAGCUUCACCACGCUAAGCGAAGCUAAACUGUUUGUCAAUGGCGGAAAAAGUUCAAGCAGCACACAAUCGAGACCAUCUCAUUCCUCUUCUGAUUCGUCAUCGUCGUUGCAUGCGCCGAAAUACAAAGUUUCAAAGCCAUCGACAUCCACGUCAACGUCGAAACCACCUUCAUCCACAUCCACAUCCACAUCGACGUCCAAAUCUCCCUCGAGGCACAGAAUCUACGUCGACGGCGCAUCCCGCGGCAACGGCAAAUCGAAAACAGCAGCCUCAGGCUACGGCGUCUACUACGGACCCAACGACCCGCGCAACGCCGCCGUACCGCUCGACGCCAUCGACAACAUCAAAACCCACCGAGCAACGAACCAGCGGGCAGAACUCCACGCCAUCAAUCACGCUCUCAAAUGCAUCCAUCGCGAGAUGCUCCAGCUGGCUCAGCCGCAACUGGUGCAAUACGCAAUCUACUCCGACUCCAAAUAUGCCAUGGACUGCAUUUGCAGCUGGGCCCCGCGCUGGAGCUGCAACGGAUGGAAAACUCUGACGGGCCAACCGGUUGCGAACGUCGAUAUCAUCAAGGAGGCCGUGGCUUUGAAGAGGGAGAUUGAUGUGAUGUACGUUGAUAGAGGUUGGCUGCCGUUGUCUUUCCAUCAUGUCAGGGGCCAUUCGGGGGAGCAGGGGAAUGAAGAAGCUGAUCGGUUGGCUAAUCUUGGCGCUGACAUGAUGAAAAAGUAUUGA